ACAUUAUAUUAACUAUUGUUUUGUCACUGUAGCAUUUCAGGGUUCACAUCUUAAUCACUCUAUCUUCAAAGUGUGAAUAUUUUUAUUAAUGUAGGAAAUUAUUUGACCUCGUAACACACAUAUGAAUCUGGAAUCUUUCUUAUGGAUAAUCCCACACCUUGUGUUUCUUACUGUCAUUUUAAACAGCUUGGUGUGUUUUUACUCAGUUGAUGAGUCAGAAAAAUACUUAAAAAUUUUGUAACAAUAAAAAUGGUAAGCAUUUCACACAUUGUGUUAAUAAAAUAGAGAUCACCUGUCAGAAUUUAUGCCUUAAAUAGGUUUAUAAACAUUACAGGGAAUUAGGGGAAAUAAUUUUAUUUCAAUGAACAAAAUAUAUUCGUAUAUUCAUGGAAAUGUAUGGUAACAUUGCCGCUAAUGAUCGAGUCAGUUGAGACUAGAGUGGAUACUUAGUUUUCUUUUGAUUUCCAUGGAAAGUUCCUAUACAAUAUUUGAUAGAUUAAUUAAUCUCAAAGGAAGGGCAUCUCAGUGCCUCCCAAACCAUUAUAUUUCUUUUUUGAAUUAUAUGAUAUGAUUAUAUGAAUUACACGAUCUGGAAAUUUCUUCACUUCAUUUAACCCCGAACAUGAAUCCUCUGUUCCUAUUUCUUUCUGCCAUUCCUGUAUUCAUGAUGGUUAAAGAGUAAAUGUAUCCAAUCUCUCAUUUGCAGGACUGUCCUUUAUAAACAUAAAAAUGACUAUUAUGUGUUUCCAUAGAACUCCCCCUUGUGAAUAAUGCUACUGACAUUUGUUGACAUUUCUCUUUGUAAGCCUUUUAUAAGGGGAAGAGAUUAAUAUACACAGAUAUAAAUGUUGUCUUCAUUUCAUCUGAAUGGCACUAUCCUCUGCAUCAAAACAGGAACUGAAAGGGCUUUAUUUCUGUUCUGUUUAGCCGGUCCCAAAUGUCUAUUAUCAGGGUCUGAAUUUUUCAUCAUUUCUUACAGUCUCACUGGUUACGGUAUUCCUAGGUAGGCAUUGUUAUUCUAUCAUGUGAUAAAGAUGAAAUACAGAUACUGUUCUCGUUUCAAAUACAAUUUUAGAACCCAUGGGAAAUUUACAUUUGAUUCUUAGACUGCUCUUUGGAUGGCAGAGGGUGCCGAAUCCAAAAAGAUCAAGUAUAAAUCGGGCAAGUUUGCACGGUGUCCCAAGGGACAGGAACUAUUCCUCAGGAAUACCGUUGCCAGUCCAGUGCUGUUUUCCUAACUGCCUCCUUUACAGAUUGAAAAACACUUGUAAUACAUUGAAGAAGCUAUGAUGAAUAUGGGGCGCCUGGGUGGCUCAGUCAGCUGAGCGACUGACUUCAGCUCAGGUCAGGAUCUUAUGGUUUGUGGUUUCAAGCCCCGUGUCAGGCUCUGUGCGGAAGCAGGAGUCUGCUUCAGGUUCUCUGUUCCCCAUCCAGCUCUCCUCCUCCCCUAAAAGUUCUGUCUCUCUCUCUCUCAAAAUAAAUAAACAUUAAAAAUUUUUUAAAAGAAGCAAUUUUGUGUAUGCUAACUAACAUUGUAAAAAUAAAAUGUACUUUUAAAUUUCUUACACAGGUUACAACUGACCAGUGAAAGACUAUGUAUGUUUGUUAGCCCCUCGUCCUUUUAGGUAUUGUUCCUCUUCCAUCGCCCCCAAGAUGCUGUGUGAUAUCUUUGCAUAGAAAAAAGUCAGCUCUCUCAGGGUUGUACCACACAGAUGUGGUUCUCUGGUUUCUUUGUGGUAUCUGAAUGUUUCUUCCUGACGUCCAUGGCACAUGACUGGUAUUUGGCCAUCGGAAUCCUCAGUGGCCUGAUCAUGAUGGUCUCCCAUGUUUGCAUCCUGGUGGCCAUCUGGAAGAUCCAGACUGCUCAUAGGAGGCAGAACGCUUUGCCCACCUGCUCCUCUCACCUGGUAGUUGUCUCCAUCCUGUAUGGGACUCUUUUCUUUAUCUCUGUUCGACCUGGCUCAAGUCCCUCCCUGGAUAUCAAUAAAGUGAUUUCUCUGUUGUAUACUGUGGUGAUGCCCAUGUUGAACCCCCUCGUCUACAGCUUGGGGAAUAAGGAGGAUGAUUAAAGGUGGUCUCCACGAUGAGCAGAAGUCUGAAGAAAAUUGCACAGAUACCUGGAGCACAGAUACAACAGGAGCCGAAGGAAAAGAGAGGAAGAUUCUGAGGUAGAAUCCUGUUCUGCCUGUUCCAAGAAUAGCAAGUGGACUGCAUGAGGUGAUGGCAGGUAAGAGAAUCUAGAUCUUUCUAUUCAUCCCCUCCAUUGAGCUCUUAGGAGGACUGAAUGGGUUAAUACUCUCAAAGCACUUUGAAGAAUGCCUUGCAUAUAGUAAACUUCUCCUGUGACAAGACUGACGUUCUGUGGCAACUUUUCUUGUGUGUGUGUGAAUAAAUAGAUGUCACCUGUUUUCUGAAAUUCCUUGAAGGAUUCCUUACUGCUUACAGAUAUAAAUUCAAACUGCUUUGCUUCAUGAAGUGUUUAUGAAGUUUGAUCCCAAACCCAGUCUUCUACCUUUGUAUUUGAAAUUUUUGUACGUCCAAUGUCGACUGCUUUUGUCUCUCAAAAAUUCUGUCCAAAGUGAUAGCUGUCCUCUGCUGCAUAACACCCCAAUCCACCUUAUUUUUAUGUGCCUAUAGCUUCCUUCCCUUUGAGAUUAGUCACAACUAAGAGACUCUUUUCAACAUCUCUGGUCACAACGAUCCUACCAUCCUUGUAAGUCAUGGACUGACCACGGGGUCCCUCGUGCUGCUGUGUGCCCAGACUCACCUUCUGAUGACAAACUUUCUGAGACCAGGCUUAAUUUUAGAUUCCCCAACCUGCACAGCACCAAGGGCCGGUGCUCAUUAUGCAACAGGGAAGGCUCAAAACGGGAUUUGGAAGUGUGUGAGGGGGUAGUCUCAAAGGGAGAGGUAGGUUUAUUUUGUACAAUGACAAUGGAUUCAAGUCACAGUACUGUUCUCUUGAGAGAACUUUAAUAUCUUCUCUAUAGGCCCAAUCUCCUGAGCUUUUGAUGCCCUGAGGGACUUGGCUCCAAUUUACACACAGCCCUUUAGAAAAAUCUCUCUGAUGUGUUGUGCAGAAUGGAGUCAAUGAACCCCGUUUUAAAGCGCUAUUGGAAUGCCCAGGCUUCAAGAUGGUAUCAUUGUGUUGUUUAUCUCCCUAGACACCUGAAGAAGCUGAGACGGAUGACCAGUCUACUACGUUUGUAGGGUAAUUCAUUUUCAUGUCAGGGAAUGCUACUUUCAUAACUUACUAUGACAUAAACAGGCAACGGCUGUAGGGAGGUUUCUUCAGAUGGGUACAUUGAGUGAAUUCCUAAAUGGCUUUCAGGAGCCUAGGUAUCAAAAAAUAUCAAAAAAUGAUUUUAGAUGUCUGCAAAAGCAUCGUCUCUAAGCUUACCACGAAGAAUAAUUUGGUGCAAGGGAAACAUUCCAUCCGUGUCUCUUGCUUUAAAUGACCUAACUUGAAUGAACAUGUCGGUUGAAUUUUGUGUUUGGCAUAGAGAUAGUGAAAUGUGCUGCAAGAUUUAUGGCGAAUGGGACGCUCACGGGAACGAAGAAGAGGCCUUGGCCUCUUUGGCUUUUAAUUUCUUCACUUGCCCUACAUGGAGUUUGAGAAGUAGAAAACAAACCACUGAAUCUGCUGACCUGAAUUCCAUGCUGCUCUUACCCGAAGCCACACGCAUAUCUAGGAUCACGAUGGCUCUAUGCUAGAAUUUUUGCAUUAAGCAAGGUUGGAAAAAAGAAAGCAAUAUGCAUUUUGACAGUCAGAAACUAUGGUUUUCACACGAUAGUUGGAGUUGGUUGAGAUCCUAGAUGGGGAAAUUCUAGUUUCAUCCUCAUAAAAUGUUUUCAUAGCCCAAAUCUACUGUGGCACUGAAAACACUUUGUUUAUAUCUUCUUUGAGUGAAUAGCAAAUACACACAUAAAUGACCUGCAAUGGCUUUGCAUGUUUAGAAAAUACUAAACUCUGGAAACAUGUCACUAACUACAGUAUAGCUUUUCUGACUAUUCUUAAAUUCUGCCCCACCAGGCCUUUCCUUUCCAAGCUCCAUUGCUUCUGGGACAACAGGAGUGGGUUUUCAUUUCAUUACUUCCUGUUAUUCAACUUCCUGUUAAGCAAAACCCCUUUCAAGCUUUCUUACCAGGGAAAAAUGUUAG